AUGUGUUCUGGGGCGUCCUUCGGAGAGGCAUGUAAAAAUGUUUUUCUUCUGCCUGGCAUUCUGCACGGUUGUAUCCAACAGAUCAUUUUGAGGGAACUGUAUAACGCGGAUCUAAACUUUGAAGUCGUUUCGCUGCACAAUUUCCUGAAAAAUCGCGACUUCAUCUGCAACAGUGGACGCACAAACGCAAAGCGACCUGAAGCUUUUUGGAUCCUUUCCGACGCUUCAGCGAGCCUUCAAGAAGGAGGCGCCAAGUGUUCCAGUUGA